AUGCCUCCCAAGAGACCACCUCCUCCUCAGGAACUGUUCACAGACCGAAAAUCUAAAGGAAACACAGUAAUUCCCCAAGAAUUAUCUUUGGGAAGAAAGAGAGAUACCAGAAUGCAAGAUGCUAUGGAUAGAUUUGCCGAUGAACUGAACAAAUUAUCGGAUGACGAGGAGAACAUCGAAGCUGGUGAUGAACAUUUCAUUAAUGGUACUCCAGCUGAACUUAGUGAAGUUGAAAAGGAAUUGAUUAGAGAAGAACUAAAAAAGACUGAAGAAGAAAUCAAUACAUUACGUCAAGUACUGGUUGCACGCCAAAAACAUGCGAGUGAUUUGAAACGAAAACUGGGCAUUUCACCAUUUACUGAAUUUACUGCUGAUAUCAAUCACUCGUUGCAGCAUGUUAGAGAAUCGCAAGCGUACCAAAAGACGUCGGAAGUAGUCACAGGUACAGCGGAUACUGUAAAAAAUAAAUGGAACGAUAUGCGUAAUUCAUCACUGUUCAAAUCAUUUGAAUCUAAGCUAGGAACAGCAUACACGAAUGCCAAAAUUGCGGCGUCUACAAGCAUUGACCAGAUUUCGGGAAUGGCAAAGUCAUCAUCUGGGGCAUCUAGCCAAACUGAUCCUACAUCACCAUCAAAUGAUAAAGUGCAACUGUAA